CCCAACCGCACUUGCCACCAAGAUAUUUGGUUUUAUCAGCGGCGAUACGGCUUCCUUAAAAGAAGACUGAAUGAUCCCGUCGAUACUCGGUCCAAGCUCUUAUUCAGGGGUAUAAACAACGUCAAGCGCGGCCGGCAUUUUGUGCCUUGCGAGACUCGGCACUGUCAACAAUCGACUUGCCCAGAAGGGAUAACGGAUGCAUCGCACCGAACCAAACCUUUGACAUUUUUUUAAGAUCUCGGGCUACGACUCUGAGAACCAAACAAGUCGAAAAUCCGCUGACAUCUUGCAGGCUUCAUACGCACACCCCGCAACGCCUCCAAGCAUACGGAAAUCUGAGAAUGGAGGAGGCUUCUCAACUCCCGUUGUAUGUCUUAUAGUGUUCGAAUCCUCUGUGACCCUCCGAAUGGUCGACCAUGACUUUAUCCGGCCGGGACAAGGCGGCCAUCCAGCUAUCCCAACCUGAAGACCAUGGAACGGCAGCCUCCGCCAAGUACUUUCAUGCCGCAUCGGGUCACGGAAGGAGCUCGAUGAGGUUAUGGCUUGCCAUUGAAAUAUGCAAAGAGUGAUGUGCAUUGACGACCUGCGUCGCCUGACCGGGUAUCAGGGAAUGAUAUAGAUGUUCAAAAGGGGCUUCAUUCCCAACUUUCGAUAACUUGGAUGAAAGGUCCAGCACCCAAGUCUUGACUUCAGGAUCUUGUUGAAUACGGAAUUUCACUGGCCCAUUAUGCUUCCCUCGAUCUCUCUCCUCCUCGCCGCCGCACUCGGCACUAGCGCCCACUACACAUUUCCCAAGGUGUGGGCAAACAGCGGAACAACUGCCGACUGGCAGUAUGUUCGCAGGGCGGAUAAUUGGCAGAACAAUGGCUUUGUCGACAAUGUGAACUCGCAGCAAAUUCGGUGCUUCCAGUCCACCCACAGCCCUGCCCAGUCAACUCUCAGUGUCGCCGCUGGCACCACCAUCACAUACGGCGCAGCUCCCAGCGUCUACCACCCGGGGCCAAUGCAGUUCUACCUGGCCAGAGUUCCGGACGGCCAGGAUAUUAACAGUUGGACCGGAGAAGGUGCUGUUUGGUUCAAGAUCUAUCACGAGCAACCCACAUUUGGCUCACAACUCACAUGGUCUAGCAAUGGCAAGAGCUCUUUCCCCGUCAAAAUUCCCAGUUGCAUCAAGUCCGGCAGCUAUCUCCUCCGUGCCGAGCACAUUGGACUGCACGUCGCUCAGAGCUCAGGAGCUGCCCAGUUCUACAUUUCAUGCGCUCAGCUCAGCAUCACCGGUGGCGGCAGCACUGAACCCGGUGCUAACUACAAAGUCUCAUUUCCUGGGGCCUACAAGGCUUCCGAUCCCGGUAUUCUGAUCAACAUCAACUAUCCCGUACCUACCUCGUACAAGAACCCUGGACCGAGUGUCUUUACCUGCUAAAAGUUGUCUGAUAUGGGCUUUUCAAUGAGUGGAUAAGGAACCCAAAGGAGGAGGAAAAUACUCGGCCUUGGUUUAUGAAACUCGAAUACUGUAUUGCAUAGCUUUAAGUAAAUCAAGACAACCACUGUUUGUACUCGGCCCUUGACGCUACACC